AUGACGCCCAUUGCUGUUGCGGCGGCUGUCGUGCCAGUUGCCCCCUACCAACUGUCUGCAGCAUUGCCGUUCGAGUCGAGUGAAACAAACGAUGCAGCACUGGAAAGGCGGUUUCAACAACAACAACAACAACAACAACAACAACAACACCAACAACAGUCAACGAGUGUGGAGGAACCAUCCAGCCCAAGUAUCUUCACAGGAAUUAGCCACCACGAGACACGUGAUAACACCGACCCUAACUUGGAUAUCUUAGCGAUCCAGCUGGACGACUUGACGAUCGAGACGAUUCAUCAAAGUUCGCAGUCUGCGACAGGCCUGCCGUCUGCCUCAGCAACCAAUAAUAGCGCGCCCGAACCCCUGUCUGUUGGAGUCACAGCUCAGCGCAUGGGCCUGGCGCAGAACGUCCGAGACCAUGAUCGAGAUCGCGAUCUUGACAGCGAAAGGACCACGGGAUCGACGCCGAGUGCUUUGCUCUUGGCGCAGCCGUUGUCGCUUACCCUGGACGAAGAUCAAUCGCAGCAUCACUUUCUCUCGUCCGAUCCUAUCUUGACACCUCUUCAACGACUAAGGGCCUCCACACCCUUGGGCCUGGAACACCCACAAGACUAUCCUGUCUUUGCACAUGGUCGCGCCCAACACCAAGCGCAGUACAAUUAUACCAUUAGCAACGCCAUGGAUUACACUUCGGAUAUCCCCACAAUCACCCCCACCACCAUCAGUAAUAGCAACAACAACAUCAACAACAACACCAGCAAUACCAAUAACAACAGCACGAUCCAGGCCAGCAUAAACAACAAUCGCAUUGGACAAGAUAUUGCUAUGAAUGAGCACAUCUCGGAACCAACUCACUCCUACCAAUCCUCAAUCUUCACUACCAUGGAACCGCAAGGGCCAUACCCUUCAGACACUCGUCUCGCUCUCAACCAAGUCCUGAAUUCAUUCCAAGGCGCGAUCAUCGACCAUGCUUUUGACCACUUUGCACCCCAAGCAGCCGACACCAUCCGCGUGGGCUCUAACAGCACUCCCGUGACCGGUUCUAUGACAACACUUACCGACGACGCCCGAUCUGCAACCACUCCUGCUCACAUGCUCGCACCAUCAGAGAUGUCCUCCUUGGGUGCAGACGAGAGUCUCGACAUGUCCAACGGCAAUUUGUCUACUUUUCCGCGAGCAGCACUUCCUCGGAGGAGUUCAGCAGCUGUUGACGAUACACCUCAGAAUAGCUCAAACUUUGUGGCCGUGCCUAUAGCAGCAUCAGAUACAGCAGAGACUCCAUUUGCGCCUACCGAAUUACGCCUACAGCCUUCACUCGCGGUUCAAGCGGAUCAAGAGGAGACCCCGAUGCAGAGAGAGCAAGUCGCCAACUCUGUCCUGGGUCGAGCAAUGGCAUCCAUGACUGAUUCUUUGUCCUCUGCUGCAGCUGAGGCCAUCAUUUCGUCCACUUUGACGGACCCAACGGACGUCGCACAGGAAUCACAGUCGGUAGGACACCCUGCAUCGAUCGAAAUUGAUAGUCAGGCCACUCAGCCCGGACCUACACUCCACAUUCCUCUUGAGCCUUUGAUGGCAGAUCGCUUGGAUUUGUUAGGUCCAUUGCUCUCGGGCACACAUAAUGCACCUCUGCCUCCCCCGAGCGAGGAAACUCUUGGAUUCUCUCUCCUGGGCUCAUCGGGUCGACGAAUCCAAGGCUUUGAUUCUUCCAUAUUGUCCAUGGCAUCCCGGAUCCGACAGGCGAGACUAGCGCGGGUAUUACGACUGAUGGGCGAGCGGGAUCCGCCGAUGGCAUAUCCGGAUAGAUAUCAGUGGGGCCGCUUUGCUCCUACCGAUACUCGAAGCAUGGUCAACCAUGCAAGCGUCAGCCGAGGAACGAGCCGAGCAGGAUCGUCAGUGGAGGAAAACCAAGCGGAUCAAAAUCUGGAAUCGGAAUCGCGCGACCUUACCGAAGAUGGAAGAUCGGCCAUGCGACAUCGGGAUGCAGCGUCUUCUUCGCGAGCUCAGCCUAGUCAUAACCCUUCCUUCACAGAAAUCCUCGACUGCAACGGCAACCCACUAGACUCAAGCAAUGAGUCAUACGCGUCUUCAUCUUCUGCGUCAUCCAUGACGUCAUAUGACGCCCUUGACGAUCGAGACGAAGACAUGGAUUGGAUGAGCGGGACUGAAAGGAGGCGGCGGCGGAGGACUGGAUGGGAUGACCCAAGUUGGAAUCGAGGUGCGGUUCGUGGUCAAGGCAGGUCGCGCGUGGUGAGCACAGGGACGGCAUUUGAGGGUAUGGAGUACAUAUCUCAAGCAGACAACUUGUUGAAUGAGAAUGGUCGGUACCGUUCAUUGAAGGCGUCCUGGAUGACCAACCCAAACGGCGAAAGCUGGAGCGAUGACGAAGGCGACGACCCACAGCGGAGGCACCAAGGUCAGGAUCAUGAGGAUAAGGAUCCGGAAAGUACUUCCAUGCGACGCGACCCACCGUCAUUGGGGAUGCUUCCACCUCACAACGAGGGUAGUUCAGCAGGAGGCUUCUACUACAUAUAUGGCAAUGUCAGGAAUCGCUACGGCCCUGACAGCGUUCGGCGGCGACGGGUCAUGUCCGAUAUGACCGUUUUGCUGAGGCGAGAGCAGGAAUGGGAACGAGAACUAGAGCAGUACGAUCGUGAGAUGGCCGAGUUCCAGAUGGGUGGAUUCCACCAGGGCAGCAACCCUCAAGUCACAAGGGGGAACGCCUCUGUUCCCAGGAUAUCCAUGAUUGCAUCGACUCCCGGUGCAGCCGGUACAACUUUAGGUUCCUCAGUGGCGAACGCAGGCACAGAUGGCAGGAGGACAUCUUCGAACGAUGAGUCGAUCUCUGGAGCUGCAGUGUCAUCGAACAUUGAUGGUGGUGGCGGUGGCGGUGCGCCAACCUUGACGCAGUCGAGUAGCUCUUUUGGCUCUGUGUGGCCACGCUCAGGUGCUGAUGUCACUGCUGAGUCAAGGUCCCGUCCACCACAAGAAUUCGGGGACUACGAGCAAGGACAUUCUCACUAUCAUGCACAGGGUGAAAUGACGAACGAGCAAGAUCGACACGGAGCCAACGGUCUAAGGCGAGAUCACUCGCUGCUUGAGGUUCAUCGACACCAUCUGCUUCAACAAACCCAUUCACAACAACAGCUGCAGCGCGAGCAGCAGUCAAUUCCGAGUCAAUCCAUAACUCACCAAUCGACAGUGAUGAAUCGAACGCCACCACUUUUGCCAGCUCAGCCUCUUGUUAAUGAGCCCAUUGCGCAUCAGAUCCGCCGAGCCCACAACUCUCAUAUCAUGGGACUACAGCGACGAUGGGAGAUGCAACAGCAACAACAACAGCAGCGACUAUAUCAACUCGAGCAAGCAUAUUUGACUCACUCCGUGAGUGGUGACAGAGAGCAGGACCGCUUUCAACGAUACCCGGGCACGACGUUUGUACCGCCGCCCUCGCGCCAGCAGCCGCAGAACCACCCCAACCAGUCCCUCAUAUCCACUUCCAGCGCAGCAUCCAGUCUCCAUGUGGCCGUUCCCAUGGAGGUCUGGGAUGUCUUCAGUCAAUCGAGCGGAUCCUGCUAUUCACUCUACAGAGCAACUUGGCACGAUUGUCGGUCCAUCCAUCCUCCCGAGUGGCGUGAUGUUGCCCGCAUCGAGGGAUAUGCAGAGUGGUAUGGAGAGCUCGGGAGUUUCAGGACCGAUAAACAGCACCACUUUGCAUCUGAUACCGUCUUCGUCCUCUUCCUCGUCGUCUCAGUCGGGUAUUGGAACAUUGUUUUCAGCUUCUCUGUCAGGCACAAGAGCCUCCACUAUCGCCACGUCCUCCUCUUCCUGGGAUCCGACUGA